UACAGGAUACAUUUAUCUCUCCCGCCCCCGAAGUGGAAGCGGCUGAGAGUAGGUCCAGAGUUCUGUUGGAAGGGAAAUAUCUCCUUUUGUUGAGAGGUUAUUGUUUUGAUUAUGGAAUCCGAGGUUCUGGAGAAGAGCAGGCAGCUUCUAAGGAUCUCAGAAGAGCGGGAUACCAAACCUAGUGUACAAGGUGAACAAGGAUCACUGGAGUUACCAAAAUCUACCCUGACUGAAGAGCAUCUUAGCAGGUUUCUAAGAUCAGCAGAGCUCCCCAGGUCUGCUGCCACUAAAGUGAAAUCUCCUGAUGGAGAAAAGGAGCUGCCUCUGAGAAGUAGGAAGCUUUCCAUCCCGAAGAAUACUGCCUUAAAGAGAAAGGUGCCAAUUCACCUCCAUCAAGAUGACCAAACAUGGAAAAAAGGAGACAGAGUUGGGAAGAAAAUGCUGGGUGUUAAGAAAACAGAGAGCAGGACCUUGCACGCUAUAUCAGAAGCUGUUGGUCUGGAGACCAACAGCAGCCUCACCCAAGCAAGAAGCAGAUACGAGCCAGAAGGUUUGAUUUUGAAUCAUGCCACAACAGCACCAGUGCAGGGGAACAUUGCCAUCCAUAGGAAAAAGGCAAGAAAAGGAAAUGCUCGCAAAUAUAGGACUAUGGCUCAGAUGGAAACAGGACAAGCUCUAGACCCUCAGCAUAGAAAUGAAAGCUGGAUACCCUCUUUUUCUGUCUAUAAACGUGUCAUUCGCAUAAAAGAAAGAAGUGACCCUGUAUUUCUGGACAGAAAUGUCACCUGGGUAUUGUUGCAAAAGCAGAACCGUUCCACACCAAGAAAUAUCAGUAGGUCACCAACAGGAAAAGUCCGUGGCACUUUCAAGGAAAAUGACAACUGCACAGUGAUGUGGGAGGAAUGUGGCCUUUGCACUAGGAACAGCACUCAUGCACUCAGAGAGAAAGAGGCUAGGCUUCUCUACAAGCAUGGCAGCCCACCCCCAAAAGGGAAAUUGCAGGGAACGCCCUCUGCAAAUGUCAGUGUAAGGCUUCCUGGAGAAAAGCAGAGAACAUUCCAGAAAAUUGGCGAAAAGAGGACUGGCAUUCAGGCAGAGCUGGCAAAAGGAUCGGUUACUCUGUGCAGCCAGGCCGAAGACAGAAAGGAUUCCACAACUUCCUUACAAAAUGCUAGUCAGCCCCUUCUGCAGAAAAAGCUCAGUUUGACUCUUAGGGAGGCUAGUGGAAUAUCACCAGGAAAAAGACCCAGCAGCCAGCUGAGGAAUGUCAGCUGGGCAGCAGAAAACAAGGCCCAGAGCCCUUUUCACAGGAAUGCAAGCUGGUCAUUGCCCAGCCAAGAACUGCUGUCUCCCCAUAGAAAUGUCAACCAGGCCCUGACCAGAACUGAGGAUGGCUUUCAAAGCAAGAAUAGUGUCCAGGUUCAGCUGGGGAAUACCACCCAAUCAAAAACUAGGAGAGGACAAAAUUUACCUCAUAAAAAUGUCUCCCAAAGAAGGACAGGCUCACCAAAACAGCAGCCUGUAAAGCCCAAAGAAAGGAAGAAGUCCACCAUGCCUUCUCUGCCUCCUACUUGCUUGCUGUCUGAACAUGCCAUAGCCUGUGGGAAUGCCCACUUGAAAUAUGUGCCCAAACUAACUGAUUCUGUUCUGAAAACCCUCUACCUGGCAGAGAAUGAAAUCAACAAUAUCCCAGCUGGAGUUUUCUUGGGAUUACCUAAUCUGGAAUGGUUGGAUCUCAGCAAGAACAAGCUGAAAUCAGCUGGCUUGCACCCAGAAGCCUUCAAGAACCUCACCAAACUGAAGCGUCUGAAUCUGGAUGGGAACCAGCUCACUUUAAUCCCAGCCUUGCCAAGUUCAUUACAUGAACUUAAACUGAAUGACAAUAAUUUAGCAGGACUUCAGAGACGGAGCUUCACAGGCCUCUUCAAACUGUUCACCUUGGAGCUAGAAGGAAACCAGCUGCAUGAUGGCAACGUUUCCCCUACUGCUUUCACGCCCCUGGGCAAGCUUAUCUACCUGCGACUAGACCGGAACCAUUUUCGGACUAUCCCAUCAGGUUUGCCUGCAUCUCUACUGGAGCUGCAUCUAGAUUCCAAUCGCGUUGAGGAGGUGACUGAGGGUGUCCUCAACAGAACUCUGAAUCUCACUGUGCUGGUUCUGAGCAACAAUAAGCUGCAAGAGGAUCGCAUUGCUCCACGUGCCUGGAUUGACCUCCUGAAACUGGAGGUGCUAGAUUUGUCUCACAACCAUUUAGUACACGUGCCCUCAUUUCUGCCUCGACAUUUGAAACAGCUGACUUUGCAUCACAACCGCAUUGAACGUGUCCCUGGCUACGUUUUUGCCCAUAUGAAGCCUGGCCUGGAAUUCCUGCAUCUCUCCCACAAUGUGCUGCGGGAUGACGGUGUCCAUGCCGUCUCCUUCUUAGGGCUCUACCAUUCACUUGCCGAACUGCUCUUGGACAACAAUCGGUUCGAGGCCAUCCCACAUGGCAUCAUCAACUUAAAGGGCUUGCAGGUUCUACGGCUGAGCCACAACCGCAUCCGACAUGUGCCCCUGAACUCACUCUGUGACACAAGAGUGUCAGAAGACUCGAACAUUGUGUCUGUGCGCUUGGAGCAUAAUUUGAUUGAUCGCCGCCGCAUCCCUCCCACAGCCUUCUCCUGUAUCAAAGCCUAUCCCAGUGUGAUACUGAGACCACAACAGAAUGAAGACGAUUAUUGAGCCAUAUGGGGAAUUAGACCAAAAGCAGCCACAAAUUUACUAUGGGAGGAAAGGGUCUUACCCUGAAGGCAGGUGGUGACUAGAGAAGAAGUCUCUGCUGUUCAGGAUUAUCAUCUUACUAAAAUAAUAAGAAAAGAUGAGCCUACCUACAUCCCCUCUUCUCUAUAGUUAAUUUCACAUGCCUCCCAUCCCUUGUACCCCAUUUUUUAAAUCCACAUUAUGGGCAGCCUUUUCUUGUGACUUGGGAAUAUCACUUUUUUUUAAAGAAAUACAUUAUUUGCAAACAUAUAUAAAAGACCAGACAAGUAUCCAGGUUCUGCAGAUCUUUUUCUUUAUGUUUAUAAUGAAACAGACAGACAUCAGUAAUAAAAUAAUAAACAAUAAUAAAGGACACCAAGAAAAGAACAUUUGAGAUCCAUAAGAUGGAUGGGUAGACAAAAAGUAACCUAUUAGAAAAUAAAUUGAUAAUAAUCACAUUAAAAUAUGGAGAUAAGAUGUUAAUAAGACGAUCUACAGUUGAUAGAUGCACCAAGACUCUUCAAUGCUAAUUUCUCAGAGAAUGCAAUUUGCCACAUUUUAAAAUACCUUUGAUUCAAAGAAAGAUGUAUGCACAGUUUAACAAGAAUACAUUUGACAGGUAACGGAAGAAAUUGAGCUAAUGUCUUGUUAUUGCAGUCGUUUAUGUGUCCUGAGAUUUAUAGAAGAUAAACUUACAAGAGGAAUAAUUUUCCAAGGUGGUUUAAUUGUUUUCCCACUUUCUUUUAAGACAACAUAUAUAGUUAAACCUAUUGCCCUUUCUAGUAACUAUUUGAUCACACUACCCUCCAGAACAGUCUAAAAAAAGUUUAGAUUAAUACCCAGUAGACCAUCCAUUUAAUUUAGCAAUCUUCGGAUUAAUUGCUCAAAAUGUGUUGGAACCAGAAAGCUGCUGCCGUUGGCCCUAUCUGGUGCCUAAUGCAUUGCUCACCCUGCCAUCUCUUAGUUGGCAAUCCACAGAAGAGCUCAGUUGUGCAAUCAUUCUGGCCCCAGUGCUUCUAGGUACUGAUCCUCACUCACCAUGUGGCCUCUUGGCUGUAGCUCAUUUUUUGCAAGCUAUCGUGCCACAUGUGUGAUCACCCGUGCUGCCUCUUGCUCUCCAGCUGCAACUCAAAUUCUCCUUUUUCUUCUUCUUCUUUUUUGUAUACUUACGUCCCUUUGGGGGCCCCCAAAUUAACAUUUAAUAGACAUUUGGUUUCAGUGGACAUCUCUCCCCCCACCCCACCCCAUUAGUACAUUACAUCAAGGGCUUAGUAUAAUGUAAUUUGAAUGGGAGUAAUAUAAUCUGUGAAUUGUUUUUUAUGGCCAAUUCUUGAUGAAUCAUCAAAACAGAUUAGAAGAGACUUUCAUGCUCUAAAGAAUUCCAAGCUGAUUCAUCAAGUUCAGUUCCCAAAUCUCUUUUCGUACUUUUUGCAAACUUUCAAGGCAGCCUGUCGUAUUUGAUAUAAGAGGCCUGCACGCCAAAUGUUCCCUUGAUUUGAAGUGGUGGCUAUGGACCACUCAGACAGAGUCUAUUUUGCUGACUGCAUUCCAAUAGCAGUUUGCACAAGAAUUUGUUUUGAUUUGUCAUUUGUAGGCUGCUGAAUUUUUUUUAAAAAAAGGAUUAAAUCUCUGUUGUUUAUCCAUUUUCAUUUCACCCCAAACUCAUUUGUCAGAAGCUCCAGAUUCUAUAGUCUUAUCCACUCAAUUAUACCUACCUACCUACCUACCUACCUACCUACCUACCUACCUACCUACCUACCUACCUACCUACAUAUACAUACAUAUAAGGCCAGGUAAUUGAAUUCACUUUUUAUUUUCUCCAUGCAAAAAGGUUCUUGUUAUUAAAUGCUUGGUUUCUGCUUUACUGGCUUAGUACUAGAACAUAUUUAAUUGAAAUAAUAUGUACAACUGUUGUUACUGUUCAAAUAGACUGGCCGUUGCAAUUAAAUGCCUUUCAAAGUUAUCGGACAAUUUUGCUCAUCCAGAGGUAACAGGAUGCAAGUCAUGAUCUAACAUCCUCAGUUUGCAAAUAUUAAAUUAAUUUGAAAUUCUGGUUGGGGAAAGCUGAGGUAGACCAUAUUAGACUCCAUAAAAUGUUUUAUGGGAAAUUAAUGAAGUAUGUGCAUGUGUAUAUUCAAAUGUCCAGGUACACCUUGUCUUGAAAGAUAAAAGCUGCUUGGAAGUCAAUGGUUUGGUUUAAUUUAAUUUCUGAUGUUAGCAACAUUCCCACAAGGCAUUUUUGCUCAAAACAGCAAUCAUUUUGAAUAAUUCUCCAUAUGAUGUCAUGUUCAUCCACAAUAUAAUAGAUGUUACAUUUUUUUCUGUAUUUCUUCACUGAAAUUCAAGCUCUUCCUCUAGUUCUCUC